AUGCCGAUACCCAGAUCACCUAUAUUUGAGCCUGAGUUGGAACAACUACUAAAAAGAGAUGAAAAUGGUUGUGUCUCUUGUCCAAGCUCAGCAGGAAGUUGUCCUUCAUGUCCAUCAGGACAACAAUGUCAAUUAUCGUCGCGUACAUGUGAUUCGUGUCCCAAAUAUUAUUGUGCAACUGUCUCGUCAAAGAAAGGUUCUCCCAUAGGUGGUAUAGUUGGUGGAGUCAUUGGAGGAGUGGCAUUUUUGGCACUUGUUGGUGCUGUAUUGUAUUAUUUUCUUAUAUACAGAAAAAAGCACCCACUUAUAUUAGAUGAAGAUUUUGAAAAUUACGAAGAUGAUGAAGACUUUUUGGAAGAUGAAACAAGUGGGUACGCACUGAGCAAACUAACUGCUAAUAAUGGAAACGGACUAGAUGUCUCGUCUCCUGGAUACGAUAGCUCAAGUGCCAAUGUUGUUUCCCCUACUAGCGCUAACAAUGUCAAUAGUACUAACGGUGGCAGCAACGGUAAUGGACUCAAUACUACGGUCAGCCUGAAUUCAGUUGGAAACACAUCUGCUGAAAGAGCAAUAGGUCCAGGAGUUGGAAGUGGUGCUGCUGUCGUGGCAAGAAAGCAUGUUGCUGGUAAUUCCGUUAGUGCUGCCAAAAGAAGACAAAUGAGAAGAUUAUCAUCAUAUGAAUCUUUUACCAGACCCAAAGCUAGUGGGAACCACAAAGCCAGACAGCAACAGUUGCAGGCUAGAAGAGCGAGACAACAAAGAAUCAUCAGACAAGCAAAUCAACAAACGCAACAGCAACCACAACAACAAUUACCUGUCAACCAGUAUCUACAACCAUCGAAUCGUAAUUCGGUGGCAACUUCAUUUUCCAACGCAUCCAAUAUAUUACCUAUUGCUUACAUUCCUGGGGUCACUGUGCGACCCACCAAAAACAAUACAAGGUCUAUUUAUUCUUACGAUACUGAUUCAUUAUUUUCUGACUUGAAUACGAUCGAGAACGCUUCUAUUAUUGGUGAUGUUGUUUUGGCUAAUCAAAACACAGCGACUGCUGAAAUGUACAACCCCAGUCCGGAACUGAGUAUACAUUCGGAAAGCCAGCAAUCCCAACAACGAAACUAUACAAAUGGAUCAGGUACAAUGACUGCCAUAAAGGCGCAGCCAAGGUUAGUGAAUGUUGAUAAAAUCGAAGAAGAGGACGAAGAUGACGAAGAGGAAGAAUCUGAAGAAGAGUACGAUGACACUCAAGCCAUACCCGAAGAGAGCGAAGAAGACUCUGAUGUUGACUCGGAUAUUGGGGAGAUUACACGUGCCACUUCGCUCAAAAGACAAGAGCCCGGCCCUCAAACUUCCAAAGAUGUUGAUGGUGGUAAUCAGGUAGACAUAGCACGAAGAGACAGUACUGAAAUUGGUAUUCCAUUAGAUUACAUUAAUUUUGAUAAUGGUAAGGAUGUGGGAGAAACAAUAAACAGUGCCACAGGGUCAUUUUUAUUGAAUGUUGAAUUCGAUCACAGUCCAUUAACGACACCAGUGAAAACACAUUAUACUGAUAAUUCAAACGAUAGAGGAAGCCCAUUUGCUGAUCCUGACAAAUAA